AUGACGAUAUACAUAAAAAUCAUUACUGGGCAUACAGGACCCAUUCACUCGGUGGCGUCAUCACCCGACGGGUGGCGAGUCGCCUCUGGCUCACACGAUUGCACGGUUCGUAUUUGGGAUCCUGCAACGACCUCGCCAGUCGUCUCUGGCUCACGCAAUCGCACGAUUCGUAUAUGGGAUGCUGAAAGCGGGGAACUUGUUGCAGGCCCGUUCACAGGAGACACAGACCGUGUCGAGUCCAUCGCUUUCUGCCGGAUGGGAGGCCACAUUGUCUCUUGCUCCCGCGAUCGCACGGUUCGUAUAUUGGAUGCUGAAACUAGAGAAGUGAUUGCAGACCCAUUUAAAGAUUACACAAAUCGUGUCGAGUCUGCCACUUUCUCUUUUGAUGGGAAAUGCAUUGCUGGUAUUUCUUGCUCGAACAAUUCGAUAAUUUGUAUACUGGAUGCUGAAAGUGGGGAAACUGUUGUUACAGGCCUGUUUGAAGGGCAUAUAGGCAGGGUUUUGUGUGUUGCCUUCUUGCCUGAUGGGAAGCAUGUUAUCUCUAACUCUUAUAAUGACACAAUUUGGACUUGGGAUGCCAAAAGCAGAAAGGCUACAGCAGGCAUGUUUGAAGGGAAGACACACAAUCCUGCAUUUGUGUUCUUGCCUGAUGGGAAGCAUAUUGUCUCUGACUCAUACUAA